UUGUAGAAUGCCCUGGAAUUGCUUGAAAAAGUACUUGUAAGAUUUCUAUACUAAAUUAUUUCCAAUUUAAUUUGUUAGCGAUUAGAAUUACAUUUUGACCUUGAGGUAAAUGAUUUCAUGUUUACCAUAUAAUUUUCUAUGUCAUUUAUAAAUUCAAAUACUUUUUACGUGGUAAGUACUACAUUAAUAUAUUUGAUACUUUUAUGAAAACAAUACUUUUGAUAAGUCUGAUGAACAGUUUUAAUAACAUUAACGAAUAUUAAUGAUCAAUCAUAUUUAAUGUAUGCAUUCGAACAGGAAUUGAAUAGUAUAUUGUUAAUUACGUAUUUCAAAUAAUAUUAAGUGAUAUAAUUUAAUUGUAAUUAAAAAAGAAGUAGUAUAUUUCUGAAUGAUUAAAAUUUGUUACACGAUGAGCAUUAAUUAAAAAUUCAUUUAUUCAUGAAUAUUUCUAUCAAUUAUAAAAUAAGAUUGAAAAAGGAAAAAUCUGUAAUGGAGAACUGUUAAUUGUUCUUAUUUUUUUCCGAUGCGAAUAAAUUGGCCCAAAGUUACUUUGAGCGACAUCUUUAAAAAAUUAUGUGGUAAUAAGGUCAGUGCCACCACUUGACAAGCUUUUGUGUUUUGCAUGAUUUUAUAACAGUACUGAUAACUGUGACCGAUAAUGUAAAUCACCGAGUCGCAUUGACAAUUAGUUUUUUGUGAGAGAAGGUUCGCAAACACAAAAGAAAUACAUUUGCGGCUAAUUUCUUACAUCAUCGAUAUGUUAGAAAAAGAUCAGGAGAUUUUAAAACAGUUUUACAACUGUCGAAUUUUACGCAAUGGCAAGAUCUGGUUCGAAGAUUUAUGGGUCCGCAACGGAAAAAUCGUUGACCCUGAGAAAAUUUUUUAUGACGAGAAAAUAAAACCGAAUAUUAAAAUUGAUUGCAAAGGAGCGUUAAUUUCACCUGGAUAUAUCGACCUUCAGAUAAAUGGUGGUUUUGGUAUAGAUUUUACACAUAAUGUUAACAAUGUAGAAGAAGGAAUUAAUAAAGUAGCCAAAAAAUUAUUGGAAUUUGGUGUAACAUCAUUUUGUCCAACAUUGGUAACAUCACCUAGUGAAACAUAUCAUAAAAUAGUGCCAAAAAUUAAGAAAAAGGAUGGUGGAAUGCAAGGAGCAUCUAUUUUGGGCAUUCAUUUAGAAGGACCUUUUAUUAGUCCAAGUAAAAAGGGAGCUCAUCCGGAAAAUUAUAUUAAGCAGUUAGACAAUGGCUUCAAAACUUUAAUCGAUAUGUAUGGUACCUUGGAAAACGUAUGUCUUGUUACAAUAGCACCAGAACUUCCUAAUGCUCAGAACACUAUUGAAGAAUUAUGCAAAAGGAAUAUUAAGGUCUCUCUUGGUCAUUCUGUAGGAAAUUUAUGCGAAGGAGAAGCAGCAGUGAGAAGUGGAGCUUCAUUUAUCACUCAUCUUUUUAAUGCAAUGUUACCGUUUCAUCACAGAGAUCCAGGAUUAGUUGGGCUUCUAACUUCUGAUAAGAUUCCAGAAGGGAAAAUUAUUCACUAUGGAAUAAUUGCAGAUGGUAUUCACACUCAUCCUGCUGCGUUGCGUAUAGCUCACAGAACGCAUCCUGAAGGACUCGUUUUAGUAACUGAUGCAAUAUCAGCACUGGGUUUAGAGGAAGGUGUACACCAAUUAGGGCAAUUAAAAAUAGAAAUGCGUAUGGGCAGUGCUUAUAUCGCUGAUACAAAUACUUUAUGCGGUAGUACAGCAGAAAUGUCGAAAUGCGUUCGCCACUUUAAAGAAGCAACAAAUUGUUCAAUAGUGGAGGCUUUAGAAGCUGCAACUUUCCAUCCAGCAAGAACUCUUGGCAUUGAGAAAACAAAAGGGGUUUUAAACUAUGGAGCAGAUGCUGAUUUAGUAAUGCUGAAUGAUAAUUUGGAAUUGUUGUCCACAUGGAUUUCAGGUGAAUGCGUUUACAGUUAUAAUUAAGACAACAAUUGUAUUCUGUACAACAGAUUACAAUUCUAUGUAUUUUCAAUGCCAAUCAAAAUAUGUCUCUUCCAUAAAAAAAAACGGCUGUAAAUUUUGCUACAGCCACAGAAGUAUUUAUCUAUACAUUCAUAUAUCAUAACAGUAUAUUUUAUAUACAUCAUUUUUUAAGAAAUAUAUUUUAUAUAUUUUUUACUCCUACAAAGAUUGUUAAUCUGCGGUAUUACUACAUCUGAUAUAACUACGGUGCUAACACGAUUAACAAUAUAUUUUAACAUAAGGAUCAGUUAUUUUUUUAUGUACAUAUAUAUACUAAUAAACAAUUUUUAUUGUUGAUAAAUAAACUUUUAUUUUAUAAGCUAAAGCUUCUUUAAAUUA